AUGGCUGAAGCGGCGCGCGUUGCUCUUCCGCCCACUAAGUUUGGUUUUUGCAAGCUGCCGUCGCCGGCAGGCGCGGAGAUAGCCGGGAAAAGGCCUCUUCGUCCCGCCCACCCCCAACGGUGGUCCCCCCGGCCCACUAUUGCUCUUUCGGCAACGCGUGUACGUCUUCGCCGACGACUGGUCCGCGGUUUCCCUGCUACAUUUCUUUCUCGAGGCAUUGUUCCCUUCCUUUGGUUUCGUGGUCUCUGCGGCCGGGGUGCGGAAACUGCUGAAAGGAACUGGAUCUCACCUCUGCGGGUGCAGCCUGGAGGCGGCGGGGAGCUGAAGCAGAACGACCUGAAGAGAGUUCCUGGAUGUGGAGUUUGUUUUUUUAGAACCAUCCUUGUGCUGUGAAGUGUUUGAUGAAAACAUGUUUGGAAGAUUGACUUUUCCACAACUGCUUUUUGCUAGCCUCCUUGGAAUUGCUGGAGGAAUAUAUAUUUAUCAACCAAUAUUUGAACAGUAUUCCAGAGAUCAGAAGGAGUUAAAAGAAAAGAUGAAAUUGGUACAAGACUCAGAAGAGAAGAAAAGUUGAUACUACAUGGAGUUGAACUGUAAUUGCGUAAAAUUCCAUUGAAAUUAUACAUUGAGUAUAAAUAAUCUAGUAAAAAGUUAUCAAUUAUACUUUAAAUGUAAAUACAUUAUUGAUAGUGAUUUUAAAUUAGCUUUAAAAGUAGCACUGUCAAUUUUAAUGUUUACUUUACUUUUUGCCAUUCUGUGUCUUUUCACCAGGAUCUAUGAGUUUGUUUCCUUUUAAGCAAAAAUGAAUGUAUUAAGGAAUAUUUUAUUUCUUAGUUGAGGCAUAUUUUCUGGGAAUGCAGCCUAUACAUUGGCAGUCUAGAGUAUAUAAACUAGCUCGGAAUUGUGUUUACAGUUGUGUUUGUAAAUAAAGUUAACCAAGUUACCUA